UAACUAUUCUUUAUUAUUAGUUGCAAUCUCUUACUAUUUCACUAAGGCCCAUCUUUGGCUCUCUCCAGUGUUUGUAUGCUGCUGUUCUCUUCUGAUUCCUCCAAGUAAGAUUGCACUUUUGCCCCUCUGUUAGUGUAAAGCUCACAGAACACACAAAAACUCUCUCUCUUAAAUCCUGGCUUGGCUGCUUCUGGCAGCAGGAAGUGGAGGAGGUGCUACUUCUACUAGUACCAAGUGCUAACCCUUUUAAUUUUUUCCAUCACUUUCAUUCCUUUGAUUCUAUUGCUCUUUCUGUGUUUUUCUUUCUAUGCCAUGUUUAUUAACUCAUUUCCAUAUUUCAAUGCAUGCCAUUUCUGCUGUGGCAUCAAGAAUCUGAAUUGGGAAAAAAAACAAAAAGAAAAAGGUCCUCUUCCACCAUAAUUCCUUUCCAUUGUUUAAUUCAUGAGUCAUGAGUGUUCUUUAAGGUUUGUCUUCUAAUACCCAUAAAUCUUGCAUUGUAUUUGUAUAUUACAACUAUCUUCUCCCCUUGCCUGUGCACUUUUAGUGGUGAAUGUCUUUAGCAUCCACUUCUUAGAUACUGAACUUUCAGCCAAUACCAUCAAAAAUUCACCACCAAUAUCCCUUUUUUCUUUUUUGUUUUCUUGAGUCUGUGGCUUUCUUCCAUGAAAGAAGCUCAAAUGAGUAUACCCCACUUGUUCAUUUGCCCAAUUAGUCUAGACUUGUUCAAAGAUCCAGUGACUCUAUGUACAGGGCAAACCUAUGAUAGAUCAAGCAUAGAAAAAUGGCUUGCUGCAGGUAAUCUCACAUGCCCUGUCACAAUGCAGAAGCUUCAUGAUCUGUCUAUGGUUCCUAAUCACACUCUUCGCAAUUUGAUCGAUGAGUGGCUCCAGAGGGGUCCUCAAUUCGAUCCUGAUUACUUGACAAACAUCGAUUAUUUAUCUUCACUUAAACACAAUCUUGUAUCUCAUGAGGCUACCUUGGAGAUGAAGUUUCAAGCACUUGAAAGAAUCCAAGCUCUAUCAGAAGAAUCAACUCAGAGAAAUUCUUAUUUGCUGCAAUUAGGCUUCUUGCCUUUGUUGUUGGAACUAGUUUUUGGACAAGUAGAAUCCAAACUAUCCCAAGAAAGCAUCAAAUUUUCAGAGAAAGCACUUUCUUGCGUUUUAAAAUUGCUGUCUGUGGGUGAAUACGAGUCCUUAAACAUGCUAAAAAAAGAAACCAAGCUGGAAUCCUUCAAGAUUUUGCUUGAGCAAGGAACUGGCAUUGCCAAGGUGAGUUUAUGUCAUCUUAUAGAAGCAAUAUCCUCAUCUUUGGAAACAAUAGAACUCUGUUCGAUGCUUGGCGAAAAUCGCCAACUCCUCCACGGGCUAGUUCUUCUUGUUCAACAGGCUUGCAGGGCAUCUGAGGCUGGAAUCAAAGCCAUAUAUGCAUUAUGCUCCUUGGAAUCAAACAGAGAGAAAUUGGUUCGAGAAGGUGUUAUAAAUGGACUCUUAAUAUACAUUUCAAAUGCAGAAAGACGUGAAAGAAACUUGGCACCAAAAGCACUAGCAACAAUUGAGAUCCUUCUAGGACUAGAGAGUGCAAAAGAGGCUGUGAUAAAUAACCCUAAUGGUGUUAGUGCUCUAGUUAAGAUGGUUUUCAGGGUAUCAGAUCAUGAAGGAAGUGAAAGUGCAGUGAGGUCACUAAUGGUAAUAUGUAGUGAUUCUUUACAGGCAAGAGAAGAAGCAAUCUGUGCAGGAGUUUUGACCCAGCUGCUGCUGCUAUUGCAGAGCCAGUGCAGCGGUAGGACCAAAACAAAGGCAAGAAUGUUGCUUAAGCUGCUUAGGUCUUAGUGGAAUGGGUAACCAAAUCAUUUUUAAGUUUUAUGGGAUGUUUGAUGCUUUUGUGGGGUCUUGUUUUCCAUAUGGUGUAUUGGGCUCCUAUGAAUACUAAUCUGUGUAAAGAAAAGUGUUCAUCUA